AUGUUAUCAUACAUAACGGAAUCCGUCAAGAAACUCACCGUCUCAUACGGUGAAACAAAGGGAGUCAUGCCAUCCGGAGGAGAUGUUCCUGUUGAUUAUCUCGAUAUGAACAAAGGAGCCACCCCGCUCAACAACGCCUACAUCAAUUGCUGCUUUAUUACUACCUAUGCGGCAAUUCUCGCUGCCGCAGUCAAAAAAGGAGCGUGUUGGUUCACUUUUGUCACUCCAGCCAUUGAAGCCCCAACUGCUAUCGAGAACUUCCCACCAAUUAACACAUCGGGAUAUGAAACAGGAGAAACAGAAACCAAUCAAAAUUCCAAGAACAAUUCUCCAUACGCUCGUCCAAUAGUUCGCGUAUUCGCCAGAACCCCUCAAAAAGUUCGCAAGGUAACAGACAAGGUGAAUCAAGAAAAGAAGAAAGAACUCCUCCGCCAGAGUCAAGCCACCUUGAUUGAUUGCCCAGAGGAUCAUGAAAUCAAGACAGGACCAUCCAAGUUCUAUAAACUGGAUGCACUUGAUGAGUUCACUGGAGAGUUUGUUAUUGGAAUGCAGAAAACUGUACAGGCUGUAAAAAGUGUGGUGAAAAAAGCGAGAAAUGUAGUUGCUGGUAAACGUCGCAGUGGAAACAAUCGCAGAAGAAUGAGCCCAAAACCUCCAAUGCCACCAAAAAAAAAAGAAGAAGUUAUCAUUGAUGAGGACGGAUUCCAAUUGGUCACUGGAAAGAAAGCUGCAAGACCACAACCAGCACCACAACCGGUCGUAGUCAUCGUCGAGCAACCAGCAGAGGUGGUCAAGCCGAAAAAAGCCAAAAAGAACAAAAACAAGAAGAACGCCGGACCAUCAAUCGCCAUGAUUCUGCACGAUCAAAAACCAACAGGAGAAUGCUUAAUUCUUGAGGAAAUUGAGAAGAAGGAUGAGGAAGAGCAAGAAAUCGAAAUUGUGGAGCCCGAACCAGAAAUCAAACAAAAAGAGACUCCGAAGAAAGCGACUCCAAAGAAGAAGAAGCAACAAAAACCAGUCAAAAAGGAGGAGAAAGAGCACGAACUCGUAGAAAGAAUUGCGAGGGAAGAAAGAAAGAAAGCAGAUGACAUCGUCAUGGACAUGUACAGUCUUAUUAAAAUUGUCCUUGGAAUUUCUGUUCUCCUCGCCAUCGUCGUUUUCUACUUCGGGGACAUUUUUAGACGCAGCUCCUACCCAGAAACUUCAAUUCUAGUCGAACAAGCAACACCGCUGGAGACUAUCUGGGCUGCUCCAUCAGUUAAAAUCGACUACAUCAACAAGUCAUUUGGAUCUACCAACAUCUCCAACUGA